UUCUCAUCGUGAAAUUUGAAUAUUUUUUUUUCUUAGUUUACAAAGCAAUAGAGGUCUGAAAAUACUAAAAAAGAAGAAUACUAUUAUUAUUGACGAGAAGAAGUGAUUUUCUAAUAUUUUUGAACGGACAAAAGCUAGUGUUAUAUUUUCGCGCCGUUUCAACUUUCAAAACAAAUAUGGCGGUUGACAAUGACAGGGAGGAAAAUCCGUUUGUUUGAAGUUUGAACGAUUGUUUUUGUACAUUUAAUUCAAAGAACCAUGGAAAAUUAUGUUUUGUACGACGAAUUAGGAAGAGGGACGUAUUCUGUCGUUUACAAAGGAAGAAAAAAGGGUUCCGUAGAAUACGUUGCCGUGCAUUGCGCUGAGAAAACUAAACGACAAGAACUACAAAACAUCGUUCAACUGACGCACGAGCUGUCACAUGAUAAUAUUGUCAUGUUUUACGAAUGGUACGAAACGACAAAUCAUAUAUGGAUGAUUGUGGAGCUUUGUACGGGCCAGAGUCUGUCUGUUAUGUUAGAAAAGGACGGAUGCUUUCCUGAAACGAGUGUGCAAAGUUUUGGACUGGAUAUUGCAAGGGGUCUGCACUAUUUGCAUGGUCUGGGAAUACUAUAUUGCGACUUGAGGUGCUCUAAGCUUAUUUUGGAUGGAUAUGGUAAAGUCAAGCUUAGUAAUUUCUCCCUUGCAAAAAUUGAAGAUGAAUGUGGUAUUGAUGAGAAUGAAGGUAGUAUUAACGACGAGGCCCGUAGGCCAUCGCCAAUGUAUAUGGCUCCUGAGGUCCUCCAUGGUCAUCCUCACUCAGUUUCCAGUGAAUUGUGGUCAUUUGGCUGUGUCCUUUAUGAACUAUUUACAGGGCGUUUACCAUUUGAGGGUGACUCCUUUUCAGAGUUGGUCACUAAAGUUAUGACCCAAAACCUUUUAUACCCUUUACAGGUGAUUAAUGGGAUAGAAAUGGGUCCCUCCGAUGAAUUUUAUAGCUUAGUCCAAAUGCUAUUGUGCAAGGAUAAAGAGUCACGUUUAUCAUGGAGUGAAUUACUUCCUCACCCUUUUUGGGAAGGCAGAUUACAGCUAUCUGUGGAUGAUGUGGAUGAAGAACUUGAACCAAACAAUUUUAAACUAGAAAAACCUGUCUUAGAACAAGAGAAACCUGUUCUGAUGCACAGAGAGGAAAAGGAACAAAAAGUGCUAGCAACUGAUGAUGGGAAAUUUUUGAAGAAAUCAAACUUACAACAAAGAGUUGCAACAAAAUCCAAAGAUGACAGGCCAGGGCAGGUUAUAAAACAGAGACCAGAUUCUGCACCAAAUAGUAGCAGUACAGGCAUUCAACAUGGCACCUACAAAGUUGGCCAAUUACGUCCACAUACAACACAGUCAAACUUGUCAAAGACACGAAAACUGGCAAAAGAGGUCAACACAAGCAAAGGCAAAGUUUCAACAAAGUCUAGCAUGCCCAGAAAAAAACAAACAAAAGAAACCAUUGGAAUGCUUAGCAAUGAUGAUAAGUUUAAAAACAAACCGGUUGAUGCUGUACCAAAGUCAGAAAGUAAAAAUCAUACUUUAAUUGCAAUAGAGGCUGUUGGUGGCUUUGAUGUGGAAAACAUAUUGUAUCAUUCAUCAGAUUCAAUUGUUACUUCUAUUGUUGACAACCCCAAAAUCAAGAAGAUAGUUAUGCCAAAAUGGGAUGCAAAAACAUUAGGAAGAACUCCACUAACUGCAGAACAACUACAGGAAGCAAACAAUGAUGAGCUAACCAAGUAUUUUAAGGAGAUUUUAAAACUUCUUGGGGAAUCAAAACAGAGCACCAGUCAUUCUGGUGGUGUUGGUCAGAGAAGUAAACUUCAUUGUGCAGCUUAUUUGAUGUCAAUUUUUCAGAGUGCUGAUGUUGCAAAUUUGGUUGCUAAUUCUAAUUUGGUCACUGGUUUUUUGCAAGUCAUUAAGCACUCCCCAUCUGCUGAUUUGAAGGCUAGACUAGGUCUAGCAUUGGGAUUCCUUGCUGGCAACGCAACACUGAUCUCGGACACCUUUAAUAUGUCUGAAGUGUUCAUGGUACUGUCGGAGACUAUCAGAGACAACUUCAGGAACUCAAAGUUAAAGCAAUCGCUUUUGCCAUGUCUCGGAGAGUUUCUGUUUUACGCUGCUACCCAGGAAGAAAAUGAAGACAGAGUGAAUGAAAAUUGGGAUGUACCAGGCAUUACGUAUACGAUCAUCGUGAAAUGUCUACGAGAGGGGGAAGACAGUGUCGUACAACAUUACGCUGCAAAAACAAUAGAAAAUGUCGCAACUACGGACACCCAGCAUUGCGAGAAAUUCGCCACGGCUGAAACAGCUCAGAUGCUCUGGAACCUUUUCACUCAUUGUUCUGGCGAUUCGCAAAAAUCAACUGCCAUUUCGGCGCUGUGUCGCCUCACUGGUCAUUCCGUUGCGCUUUUCCAACACGUCAUUGACAAUGCGGGUCUGCCAACUGUCCUCAAUAACCUAGUCAGCGGCGUUACCAAAGUACAGCAGGCCAUCAUAACAAUGCUUGCGGCAUUAGUGAGUAAAGGUGCCCAUACGAAACGCCUGAUCAUAAGCAAAGAGUUUGUACAUAAAGUGAUGCAUUUUCUUGACAGUCCUUCACUUGUAAUCCGCAGUAAAGCCUUCGUCGCAGUCGCCGCCAUGUCACGUGAACAUAAUGCCUUAUCACGUGAACACAACGCAGUAUCACGUGAACACCCAAUUGUAUCACGUGAAAAUCACGUGGCCCUACUUCACUGCUGUCAGUCGAGAUUGGUCACGUACAUCGAGCGUGAUGCGAAGAGGCAAACCCCAGUGAAGGGCGACGUUGAGUCAUUGGACUAUCUUAGGAAUUGCCUAAAUUUGUGCAUUCAGACCGUGUGUCGUUGCGUGCCAAGCGUUCUUCACAAUCUCCUAGUCGCAUUGGAUGCAGUAUCUGGCAGGAGGCAUCCGUCUGCAGUGCAAAGCAAGGAGCUGAAGUCUUGCAUUCCGUUGCUAUCGAUUGUAUUACAUCUGGUUACCAGUAGUGUGUUUAGAGAAAGCGUGGUCAAUGAACUGUUUGUCCAAAGUUUAGGUCGAUUGGUAUCACACGUGGCGUCUAUUAAUAAAGGUUCAACCAGUAUCAGCAGCACUCCAAGACAGGCACCAACAGGCGAUCCGCUUACCAAUCUAGUGCUGUCCAUAAUCGAGGCAAUCGCUCAACAUCCUUCACUGCUGCUUCAGUACCGUGGCCUGGUUAUAGAAAAUGUUCUGCCUCAUCUGGCUGUGUUGACUUCCAGUAAAGAAGGGGAUGUUCGCAUGUUUUGUUUUAAGAUGUUUGCUGAUGUGGCAGCCGUUUUUCUAGACAGUGAAACGUUGAAUGACGAUCAAGGAAAGGAAUCCGCCAUGUGGUUAUCUAAGUUGAUCACGACUGAACUUCUUCCUCAAUAUGAGGUCAUCCUACAAGAUCAGGAUCCCCUACCUUCCUACGCUUUAAAGUUGUUGCUUGCUUUUCUCGAGCACUCUCCGACAUUCUCCGAAGUCGUAAUCGAAAAAGAGAUCGUCAGCAUUUUGGGCGAAAUCUUGGACCGGCAUAACGGCGAUGUGUCCGGUUCGACCGUGCAAACAAUUAUCAGUCUAUUGGAUUGUCUUGUUUCUUCGACCGCUGACCUGUGGCCAUUGUAUGAACAAGGGCUCAUCGACCACGUGACAACCUUGUUUGUAAGUGGAGCCGCCUUAAUUAACCAAAAUGACGAUGAACGUAAUUUAUCUGAAGUCAUUCUUCCGUUGCUUGAUACUGUUCAUGGCAUUAUGAAAUACUCAUCGAAGGUGGUGCGUGAGGCCUUUCAAGCUAAGUCAACGGGUGACGGAGCUGCUCUAACUCAGAAAGCAGAACAGGUUUUACUCGAGGGUAAACCUUUGGUGGAACUGACAGGAGUUUUAGUUCAGUUCCUCUGUCACUAUGAUUCCGACAUCCAGGAAUGGGCAUUGCGCUGUUUAUACCAAGUGGUGGAGUUAUUCGGAGGAACGCAUGAGGAUGCAAUGAGCGUUGAAAACAUUCGCUAUUUUGCCGAGGCGUUGUUAUCUUCAGAUUUAAAAAAACAGAAGCAAAUUUUGCGCAUCGUGAAACGUUUGGUUACAUCCAGCACGUGGCAUGCCGCUGCGCUUAAGGAACGUGGGGACGCGUUAGUUGAUGCUAUGGUGCAAAUUACUAAGGUUGAAAACGUCUCUGAAGAUACAAACGCGGUUAAAUCGCUAGUUGUUGAAAUAACUAAGGGAGCUGGAAUUGCAUAGACCUCUAGUUAUAGUGUGUUAUAUGCAAUAACUCAUGAUUAGUCUUAGACUAACUGAUUUCGUUUCUCGUUGUGACUCUAUUUUGGUUUGGUCAUUAUUAGGCCACUUGUUUUGCACUAAUAUUAUAGUAGGAAGUGAGAGUGAGCUGGAUAAGUGAUUCUCAGCCCCCCCCCCCUGCUUGUGAAUGUUUAUCAGGUGCGAAAUUAAAGGUUGUGUAAAUUUAGGGAAGGAAUGACUAG